UCAAUUUUUGAUACAGGAAUUUUAUUGCCCGAAAGGGAAGUCUCUGGGCAUAUCACUCUCAAGGAAGCAUCCGCUGCCAUUAGGUGUGGCGGAAUUAAAUGCGUUUCAAUUAACACAAAUAAAUGAAACACUUUCCUAUUAUUUUAAAUAAAACUUAUGCAAUAUACGGUUUAUUUAAAAAAGCCAAUUUAAACGCAAUUCUGGCCAGAGCAGCCUACCUAAUGUGAAAUAGCUAUGCUGCGGUCUAUCUAAGAGCGACCAAUACAAUACUUGCCCUGACAGCGACAGGAUGCCCACACUGAUGCCCCUGCAGAGAGUUUAUAGUAGGCUACAGCCCGUGUGUCUGUCGGGAAGGUUCACAUUUGCUCAGGCGGAAUGCGGUAGGCGGGGCUGCUAGGCUAGUGUCAAACUUUGGGAAUGACAGGAGUGCUGCAGGAUUCGCAAAGAAGGGGAAGAGUCGCCCGUGUUGGUACUAUUUGGAUUACUUUUACCUCUUUCUGCACAGCGUCUUUGGAUUCACCAAGAUUUCACCGAUAGUCGGGUGUCAGUGGAUUUCCCAGUCAUGUCGGAGGACCUGAGCUCCCAACCCUGGUCCAUCAACAAAGAUGAUUAUGAGCUACACGAGGUGAUUGGUAGUGGGGCCACUGCAGUGGUUCAGGCAGCGUACUGUAUACCCCGAAAAGAGAAAGUGGCCAUCAAACGUAUUAACUUGGAGAAGUGCCAAACAAGUAUGGAUGAGCUCUUGGUCACUUCAAACACUAUCCGGUUUGUUCUUCCAAAGAGUGUCCACUUACUGCCAGGAAACUAUUAGGCUACCAGUGGGACAUCUUUUAAAAGCUGUAUUGUAUCUCGAUGCCCUCAAUGCAGUUUCACUCAACACAUCUUUAACUGUGUGAUGCAUGGUUUACCUCAAGAGGCGAAAGAUUUAACACAACUCUCCAGGAAAGAUCUUCUUACAUGCUCAAAAGUGAUUGUGUCAAAAAUAGAAGAUCACACAUGGAGGAUUUAACUAUCACCGAGUUUCAGAUUGAUGAACAUUUUGCCCCAGCCCCAUAGAGAUUUAGCAGUUCAAAACUAAAUUUUAUAUAUUUGAAUGUUAAAAAGUCCUCAAAAUGUUGUCCAUAAACAGGAAAGUGAAUAUUAAAACAAUCUUUGGUGUUUUUUAAUUCAAAUAGCAAAGCACAUGGAUCAGUAUUCUCUUUUGUAGUAGUGAUUUAUUCAUUAUACUUUUACCAAUUUUGUGGGCCUUGCUUUGGAUUAGGGCUGUAAGACUAAUCGCAAUUGAGCUGAAAUCGCAAUUUGAACAGAUGCAGUUAGCAUAUUCGCAAGGUCUGCAGUUUUUGAAGUACCAUAAUUCCUCUUGAAACAAUAAAACAACAUCUUAUUCUGCAUAAAAACUGCCCACCCUGCUCUAGAAUUGAACUUUGAGCAGAAUCCUAUUAGACAUUUUUCCAAAAUCAUUAAAAAAGUUGUAAUAUUAGCAUCGACAAAGAACUGCUAUCAGCCCCAAGACACAUUUUGGAAAUUAACAUAUCAACAUCAACAUAUUUAACAUUUAGCCAACUGUCUUCUGGUGAGCUCAGUUGACUAACGCAUACACAUCAAAAAGUGUAUAGGAUAUGUUUUGCGUAGUGUAACUCUUGUCAGUCCAGACAUGAUCAUGGCUACACACAGUAAGCCCCUCACCUCCAGCUCUGUCCAGGGGAGGACCUACCCUUUGGCCUGUGCAGAUGAACAGAGGCUCUGGUGCUCCGGUCACAUGAACAGCUCCACAGCUCGGAUUUCCUGCCUGCGCUUUCCCCGUAAUUCCACAGCCUGCUGGGUACCCACUAUAGCAGCGAGGAAGCGUUAAAUUGAACCCAGACGGGGCAUGCAUGUAAAAAGAGGCCCACAGCUUGUAAAGGAACUUGGAGGUUACGGACAUGUUCUGUAAAAGUUUCAGCAGCAGUCAGACUACAGUCAUCAUUCAUGCCUCGCCUUGGUGGUAUGUGCGGGCUAUUCCUGGCACAGUAGUUUGAUGGACAAGCUCAGAGUGACAAAGGUGUUAACAGUUCAUUUUAUAUCACAGAUGGUUACUGUGCCAUUGAGUGGGGACUUUAUUAAAAGUAAUGAAUAGAUGGCAGUUUCCCGUAGUAUUUUCUCAAUGCCAAAAGUUAAAUAGGGAUGAAACUAUUUUAUUAGAGAGUACUAUAUUUUGGUUAGGCCCGUUUUGGUUUAUUAGUUAGUUUAUAGACAAGAUCACUCAAAGUCUUGUUAAGAUCUUGAUGAAGCCUUCACAUAAAGGUCAAUAAAGGGACAGGGAGUACAUGGAAGGAAUGUUUUUGUUCUGUCAUGACUAAGUUCAGCCAUGAAGGCAGGAAUAGGCAGUUGUGGCAUAUCAAUUCUCAGCUGACAGCAUUUACAUGUGAACUGGAGUA